AUGGACAGGAACAUAAGGAUGACGGUAAAGCUCGGCAAUGGCCUAGAAUUCAAUGGCGAGUCGCUCUACCAGCCAGAGAGGUACAACCGGACCUUCUAUCCUCUAGUUUAUGCCGGUGUCGGCCCAAAGCCUGAUGCCAUCUUCUGUGGCAACGGCUCCUUGGAUGGCCUGGACGUAAAGGGUAAGAUAGUGCUUUGCGACCGCGGUGGCGACAUCGCCAGGACCGACAAGGGCGUAACCGUGCAGAGUGUGGGCGGUGUCAGCUUGAUUCUGACAAACGGACCUCUUGACGGAUACAGUACCCUUGCAGAUCCUCAUGAUCACGUCCUGCCGGCGUCCCACAUCGGUUACUCCGAUGGAGUGAAGAUCAAAUCCUACAUCAGCGCUUCGUCGAACCCCACUGUGUCCUUCAUUUUCGAGGGCACCAUUCUCGGGACAUCGCCGGCUCCGGCGAUCGCAUCAUUCUCGUCCGGAGGACCGAGUCUGGCCAGCCCAGGCAUUUUGAAGCCGGACAUCACUGGUCCAGGCGUGAGAGUUCUGGCUGCAUGGCCUUUUGAUGUCGGGCCUUCGACGGUAAACAGCACUGGUCCGACAUUCAACAUAAUAUCCGGCACCUCCAUGUCCACGUACUCCUCAUCUCAGUGGCAUAGCGGCGGUGCUCAAGGCCGUACAUCCGGAUUUAUUCAGGACAUAGUGGAAUCGAUGUUUUAUUCAGGACUCUAA